AUGUCGGUGAGAUAUCCUGAUACCGAAGGGAUUCAGAAAUCCGAGGUCGAAGCGCCCGCGAUCAACCCUGCACAUGAAUCCAGCAUGAAUGAACCAAAAGGCGCUUCGGUUGAUCCUGCUAUUGGCUUAGAUGAAAGCGGGUCUGAGGAAGCAGAUAUAGAUACACCUACUCAAGGCGACUUGGAUACUCUGAGAAGAGUUGCAGGUCCGUUGCCAUGGUCUGCCUUCCUCGUUGCUGCCGUCGAAUUGUGUGAGAGAUUUGCAUAUUACGGAAUCGCUGGGCCUUUUCAAAACUACAUUGAAAACCCGUACAGACCUGGCAGUCAAACUCCGGGUGCACUAGGGCUUGGCCAAUCGGCGGCAACUGGAUUGACGAGUUUCUUCCAGUUCUGGUGCUACGUUACUCCAACCCUUGGUGGCAUAGUUGCGGACCAGUACCUGGGGAAAUACAAUACCAUCGUUAUCUCUGCAAUUAUUUACAUAGUUGGAUUGGCUAUUUUAGUCUGCACUUCCUUGCCUGUGGCGAUCACCCACAAUGCAGCACUCGGUGGGCUCAUCACAGCUAUGAUUGUCAUCGGCCUUGGGACCGGAGGAAUUAAAUCGAAUAUUUCUCCUUUAAUUGCAGAGCAAAUCAAGGUUAACAAGCUCUCAGUUAAAACAUUAAAAUCGGGGGAACGGGUUAUUGAAGACCCUGCACGGACUAUUGAGCGCGUUUAUAUGAUUUUCUAUUUGUGCAUCAAUAUUGGUUCUCUUUCCCCUAUCGCAACCACCGAAUUGGAAAAGCAUGUCGACUUCUGGGCUGCAUACUUGCUGCCAGCGUGCGUAUUCCUUAUAUCCUUUACAGUGGCCGUCAUUGGAAGAAAGUAUUAUGUCGUCCGUCCACCAAAAGGUUCAGUCAUUCCGCAAGCAUUCAAAGUUAUUUGGAUCGGCCUAAGGAAUAAAGGGAAUCUGGACGCAGCAAAGCCCUCAUAUCAAGCUGCCUACGGACAUGGACCCCAUGGUAUCCAUUGGGAUGACCGUUUCGUGGAGGAAAUGAAACGUACCUUGGUUGGAUGUAAAGUCUUCUUGUAUUAUCCGAUAUACUGGGUUUGCUAUCAACAGAUGUUAAACAAUUUCAUCUCCCAAGCAGGCACCAUGGAGCUUCAUGGAAUUCCGAAUGAUCUGAUGCAAAACAUCGAUCCCUUGACUAUCAUUAUUUUCAUUCCCAUUUGUGACCGGCUUCUAUAUCCAUUCUUGCGCAAAAUGGGGGUUCCUUUUAAACCAGUAACUCGUAUUACAACAGGCUUCAUGCUGGCCUCCGCUUCUAUGGUGUAUGCUGCCAUUGUCCAACAUUUGAUCUACAACCGGCCGCCUUGCUACAAAUUUCCGAAAAAUUGUCCAGCGAGCAACGACGGCGAGCUUGGCAAUCGCAUCCAUGUUGCGAUACAAACACCGGCUUACCUCUUUAUCGGGUUGUCCGAGAUUUUCGCAAGCAUUACCGGGAUCGAGUACGCUUUUACAAAAGCACCACUUUCAAUGAAAUCAUUUGUUACGGCAGUAUUCUUGUUGACCAGUGCGUUCGGCGCUGCGCUUGGCAUGGCACUCUCUCCAACUGCUAAGCACCCAAACCUUGUUUGGAUGUAUACCGGUUUAGCUGUCGCGUCUGCCACUGCAGGCGUCAUCUUCUGGCUCCUCUACAGCCGAUACAAUGAGAAAGAGGAGGAAUUGAAUGCUCUUGAGGUGCCACAGGCGGAGGAUGAGAAACCUGUUGCGGCAAACCAAAUAUCAAUAACUGGCCGUGGGGGAACAAGGUCCUAA